ACUGCGGACAUGGUACAGGAGAUGACCAGAGACUGCGGACAUGGUACAGGAGAUGACCAGAGACUGCGGACAGUACAGGGGAUGACCAGAGACUGCGGACACAGUACAGGAGAUGACCAGAGACUGCGGAUAGUACAGGAGAUGACCAGAGACUGCGGACAUGGUACAGGAGAUGACCAGCGACUGCGGACAUGGUACAGGAGAUGACCAGAGACUGCGGACAUGGUACAGGAAAUGACCAGAGACUGUGGACACAGUACAAGGGAUGACCAGAGACUGCGGACACGGUACAGGAGAUGACCAGAGACUGCGGACACGGUAUAGAAGAUGACCAGAGACUGCGGACACGGUACAGAAGAUGACCAGAGACUGCGGACACGGUACAGGGGAUGACCAGAGACUGUGGACACGGUACAGGGGAUGACCAGAGACUGCGGACA